GGCUGCGGUGUGUGGCUACCUGAGUUACUCAGCUGAGGUAGCCUGCCUGGAGUUAUCGUGCUCCUCGCUGCCUUUCCUUUGCAGAGUCACGAACGAGUGCAUUCCUGCUGUGCAAAGUCAACUGCGGUCCCAGGCACCGGCUUCUGUUUGCUUUGCCUUUGCCGAGCUGUUUGCUCUAUGAGAACAGAACUGAAAGUAGCAAGAGUGAGUAGGCUUCUCAGUCAUCUGGGAACCUCACCGGAGCGCCUGUCACACAGACAUGAAGACAGGUACCCAGGCUUGGAGGGCAUUGGCAAAGUCAUGUCUUCUCUGCACUGCCCUGGGAUGUCUCCAUUUCUCUGGUUCCAGAGGAGAGAAGCCAGAUUUCUUCGACACAAAUGCAGCCAACCAGAGCCUCGUUAAGAGCAGACAAGCACGGAGUGUGGAUGUCCCCCCAGCGCCCAUUGACUGUGAGCUAUCCAGCUGGUCCUCCUGGACAGCGUGUGAUCCCUGCCAAAAGAAAAGGUACAGACAUGCUUACUUGCUCCGGCCCUCCCAGUUCCUUGGGGACUUGUGUGACUUCUCUGACAAGGAAGUUGAAGACUGUGUUACCAAUCGACCGUGCAGAAGUCAAGUGCGAUGUGAAGGCUUUGUGUGUGCACAGACAGGGAGGUGUGUCAAUCGCAGACUCCUCUGCAAUGGAGACAAUGACUGUGGAGACCAAUCAGAUGAAGCGAACUGCAAGAGGAUUUAUAAAAAAUGUCACCAGGAAAUGGAGCAGUAUUGGGCGAUUGGCAAUCUGGCCAGCGGGAUAAACCUGUUCACAAAUACUUUUGAGGGCCCAGUUCUUGAUCACCGGUACUAUGGUGGCGGAUGCUCCCCUCACUACAUCCUGAACACCAAGUUUAGGAAGCCAUACAAUGUGGAAAGCUACACCCCACAGACCCAAGGCCAGUAUGAAUUUGCAUUUACAGAAUAUGAAUCAUAUUCAGAUUUUGAACGCAAUGUGACAGAGAAAGAAGACGGCAAGUUUGAUUUCAAGUUUGGUUUUAAAAUACCUAGCGUGUUUGAGUUUGGAGUUAAAGGAGAACGCAGCAAAGGCCAACAUUAUAUAAGCAGAAUCAAACGAUUCUCCCACACUAAAAGCAAGUUUCUGCAUGCGCGUUCUGUCCUUGAAGUGACUCAUUACAAGCUGAAGUCCAGAAGCCUCAUGCUCCAUUACGAAUUCCUCCAGAGGGUAAAGAGCCUACCCCUCGAGUACAGCUACGGGGAGUACCGAGAUCUCCUUCGGGACUUUGGGACCCACUUCAUCACUGAGGCCGUGCUUGGGGGCAUUUAUGAGUAUACGCUCAUCAUGAAUAAGGACCUCAUGGAGCGAGGAGAUUACACUCUUGACCAUGUUUCUACCUGUGCGGGAGGAGGUGUCCACGCUGGCGGUAACUUGAAAGUCUACCUCAAAUUCGGUGUGUCAGCAAAGAAAUGCACCGAUAUUCUGAAUGAAAUCAAAGACAGAAACAAGCGGACCACCAUGGUGGAAGACUUGGUCGUUCUCGUGCGAGGAGGGGCGAGCGAGUACAUUACCACCUUGGCGUCCAAGGAGCUGCCAACAGCUGAACUGAUGCGGGAAUGGGGAGAUGCUGUGCAGUACAACCCAGCAAUCAUCAGACUCAAGGCUGAGCCCCUGUAUGAGCUUGUGACAGCCACGGACUUUGCCUACUCCAGCACAGUGAAACAGAACAUAAAGAAGGCGCUAGAGGAGUUCCAGGUGGAAGUCAGCUCCUGCCGCUGUGCUCCUUGCCAAGGCAAUGGCGUCCCUGUCCUGAAAGGCUCACGCUGUGAUUGCAUUUGCCCAGCUGGUUUUCAAGGCGUAGCCUGUGAGGUUACCAAACGGAAAGAUGUCCCCAUUGACGGGAAGUGGAGUUGCUGGUCCAACUGGUCUGCGUGCUCUGGAGGACAGAAAACAAGACAAAGGCAGUGUAACAAUCCACUCCCUCAGAAAGGAGGCAGGCCCUGUUCAGGCCCCGCUUCAGAAACGCUCAACUGUUAGGAAGGAGCAGCCCCGGCUGGUGAGCCAUUGUGAGCUCCGAGCCUCACAGAUUCAGCUGGCUUCCCACACAUCAGCUCCCACCCAGGGCUGCCACAAUCAAAGGCAAUGCCUCUGUCCUUCAAAGAUUUUAGUUUGUUUGAUGCAUGCUAAUUUUAAUAAACAGUGGGUUGAGCAAAAUUCUAAGUUUUUGCAAGGUAAAGCAUCAUCGUAAACCUCCCUCUGCCUGCUCUGCCUGCUUAUUACCCUUAUAUAGUCUAAGAGCCAGAAACUAUAUUGGUUUGUAGUGGCAAAGGUACAUAGUAGGUGUCUAAAAAUGAAAUAGUAAAUUGGUAAGAAGUUGUUCAUCCCUUGGUAAGCACACAGUCUUGUUCAGUAAUAAAGAUAGCCAGUCUCUGUGGAA